AUGAUGAUCUCUAAGGGCUACGCCAUCAACCACUCCACGAUAACGUGGAAGAACUCGACUCCCAACAUAUUCGUCCACCUAUGGUCGAUUCUAGAGAGGAUAAAGCCCUCCAUCACGUCCAUGGACACGAACUGGCUCAUAGCCUCGAGGACGUGCGUGGACUACUACUCGAGCACAGGCAUAGACGGCCCUAUGAACGCGCGCAUGUACUUUAAGAGCAGCGUAGAGAUCCCCGCGGUGGCCGCCGCCAAGAGGGACGAGGAGGUUUUCGACUACGAGCAGACAGGCACUGACUUCGUCUCGUACUCGGACUUCGAGAUAAGCACGGUAGUGCCCAAGCGUACGGAGACGCUCGAAGUCUCAGGGCUGUAUGCGAAGGUGUUCUCAAAGUCAACGUCUAGUCGUCCAUCUACACGUUCGGGGUCAUCUCCGUCAACCUAA